AUGGUCAACAUCACGGAGAAAAUCAAGGAGAUCGAGGCCGAAAUGGCCCGAACUCAGAAAAACAAAGCCACAGAGUAUCACCUUGGUUUAUUGAAAGGGAAACUCGCCCGGCUACGAGCACAAUUACUUGAGCCAGCAGCCGGUGCCGGUUCCGGCGGCGGAACAGGAUUCGAUGUCUCGAAAUCUGGUGACGCUCGAAUAGCCCUAGUUGGCUUCCCUUCGGUCGGCAAAUCGACAUUCCUUUCAAAAAUCACAAAGACCAAAUCCGAAGUGGCGGCAUACUCUUUCACCACACUUACGGCUAUCCCCGGUGUCCUCGAGUAUGGAGGUGCAGAGAUUCAGAUUCUGGAUUUACCUGGAAUCAUCGAAGGUGCCUCGGAGGGUAAAGGAAGAGGACGACAGGUCAUCAGUGCCGCAAAGACGUCCGACCUAAUCCUCAUGGUUCUCGACGCUACAAAACGGGCCGAACAACGUGCCCUCCUUGAGGCAGAGCUCGAGGCCGUCGGCAUACGUCUCAACCGCGAACCCCCGAACAUCUACCUGAAAGCCAAGAAGGCCGGCGGCAUGAAAAUCACCUUCCAAUCUCCUCCCAAGUAUCUGGACGAGAAGAUGCUUUACAACAUCCUACGGGACUACAAGCUCUUGAACUGCGAGGUCCUCGUGCGCGACGAGAACGCCACGGUCGACGACUUCAUCGACGUCAUCAUGAAAGACCACCGCAAAUACAUCCGGUGCCUGUACGUGUACAACAAGAUCGACAGCGUCACCGUCGAGUAUUUGGACGAGCUAGCCCGCGAGCCGAACACGGUGGUCAUGUCCUGCGAACUGGACUUGGGCGUCCAGGACGUGGUGGAGAGGUGUUGGCAGGAGUUGCGGCUGAUGCGCAUCUACACGAAGCGACAGGGUGUGGACCCGGACUUUAGCGAGGCGCUCAUUGUACGCAGCGGCAGUACGAUCGAGGACGUGUGUGACCAGAUCCAUCGCACGCUGAAGGAGACGUUCAAAUAUGCGCUGGUUUGGGGUGCUUCGGCGAAGCAUAUUCCACAGAGAGUCGGGCUCGGUCAUGUCGUUGCGGAUGAGGACGUGGUGCAAGUGGUGAGUGCGUGGAAAGCCUGA